AUGUGGGCCUUGUUUUUUGUUUCAAAAUUGGGUAAGAAGUUUAAUGUGAGUGAUGGCGAAAACGGGUCACAAAUCACUGUGCUUUGUUCUCGCCCUCUCUCUCUCUCUCUCUCUCUCUGCGACAGGCGGAACCCUAGUCUCCUCUUCAUUGGAGAGCUUCCUCAUCUCUUAACAAUCGAUCUUCAGGUGAGAGCCGCAUAUACCAGCAAAGCUAAUAAUAAGAAUUGUCUCGGAGCACUUGAUGGAACACAUGUUGAAGUAAGUGUUCCAUUGAAAGAUCAAGGAAGAUAUAGAAAUAGAAAGGGAUCUGCAGCAGAUAGCCCAGUAUUACGAGAUGCGCUUGUUAGAAAAGAUCCAUUCAUAGUUCCCAAAGAUGCGGGAUAUACGAAUGGACCAAGCUUUCUAGCUCCUUAUAGAGGUAUCCGGUACCAUCUCAAUGAGUGGUACACUAGAGGCAAUAAUCCACAAAAUCCUAAGGAGUUAUACAACCUCAGGCAUGCAACUGCUAGGAAUGUGAUUGAAAGAGCUUUUGGACUAUUUAAAAAGCGAUGGAAAAUUCUUAGAGAAGUGUCUUUUUAUGAUGUCAAAACGCAUGUGAAGAUCAUCAAUGCUUGUGCUAUUCUUCACAAUCUUAUUCGAGUAGAAGAGCCUAAUGAUCCAUUAUUGGCCGAGGUUGAUGCUGAGAUUCAAACAAGAGUUACUCAUCAAGGUGAUGAUCAUGAUGAAGAGGAAGAGAGUCGUGAUUAUCAUAAUGAGAUGGAAGAGACUCAACACUCAGAUCGGAUUACUACUAUUCAAGUUACAAAUGAGUGGACUAGGUUUAGGGAUAGUCUAGCCGAAGCUAUGUUUCUCCAUUAUCAAAAUAGGCGAAACUAACUUUUAGGAUGUUCUUAUGAAACUAUUGUAAUCACUUGUUACGUAUGGUUUACUUCUUGUUUGUUCCUAAUUAUUAUCGACAUUCAUAUCUA